AUGGAUAACUUUGAGUACAGCAUCCAGCUGAACGACCGCGACUGGGCCGAGUUCUUCUUGGCGGCAGAGGAAUGCAACCUAGCACCGGCCGCCCUGGCCACGGCCGAGGAGCAGUGUCUCAGUGACAUUGAGCAAGGGGACGGCGUGCCGGGCAGAGGCUGUUGUGCCUGCACCGACGGGCAGAUAGCAGCGCGGGUGGGCAGCGGGCCAGGGGCUGGCACGGGAAGCUCGUCCUCACUCCUGGAGACUGAACCCAAAGCACCCGUCUGCCCCGCGCGGGAGGAGGCGAGCGGGGACAGAGCAGGCCCUGAGAUGAGCUCCCUGGAGGUGGUGAGGCCCAAGGUGCCAGCACAGCUGAGGAAGAGCCGCAAGCAACGUGGAGCCAGUGCCGCCGAAGCAACCUUGGGGGACAGGGAGGCUGCGGCACCCGUGAAGGCAGCUUUGGGCUCCCCCAUGUCCUCACGAAAGAGCAAAGGGAAGGAGAAGGCAGCCAAGACAGCUCCUGUGAAGCCAGACGAGGCAGGGGAGAGCAAGCGGCCGGUGCCCACCCCUGGCACGGAUGAGGGCGUUCCAGCCCCAAAGCAGAAGGCGAAGGAGGCAGGGGCACAGUCUCCGGGGAAAGCCAAGGCCACCAAGCAUUCAAAGGCAGGGCAGGCUGGUGGCUUGGGCAUACGUGACAAUGUGCUGGCAGUCCCUGCCAGCGCAGCCGCGGCUCCCUUGGCAGAGGCACGCCAGAAGGUGCCAGAGAAACCUCUUCAUCCUGGAAGCGUGGCAGCUUUUGGAGGGGAUGCUGCUGAGGGGUCUCAUUGGGAGCCUGCAGCCAAGACCCCCGGGGAGCUGAGCCCCCCUUGCUUUGCAACCGGGGCCUCUGCAAGGUCAGACACCCUGGAUGUGACUUGGCCGGAGAUGUACGACUAUUUGUUCUGUGACUCCCAAGGGGAAGAAGAAGGAAUGGGGGACUCGGUGGAGGGGGAGAAAACACCCUUGGAAAGGGAAAUAUCCUUGCCUGAACUGUAUGAGUAUUUUUUCAAUGAACCAGAAGGCAGCAGGAAAAAAGGCAAGGGUAAAGAUAGGGAGCGAAAGAAGUACGGCAGCUUGGACCAUGCUCAGCUGCAAAAUGAGGAUCCCAGCUCAGCUCCAGUCAAAGAUGCCCUGGUUAUCUCGGUUCCUGAGGUGUAUGAACACAUCUUUCCAGAUGGGCCUGGGAACAGGGUGGGCUGGAGAGGGAUUUUCUCAAUCACCCCGGCCUCCGAGGUGAGGAAAGCUGUGGGGGCUUUGAAGUCCCUCCUGCAAAGGCCGAUGCGUCUGGUCUGGGGUCAAGGCCCAGCUCCGCAGGCUCUUGUGCGGAGAGGAUCUGGAGAGAAGCUGCCCCUCGUCCUGCUGGCUCCGCCGGGAAGAGCCCAGCCACAGCCAGAAGGUCCGGAGAUGGCCCUUGCACUGACAGGACAGCCCGAGACUCCGCUAGCUCUGACCCACAAGGACAUGUGCCUCGUCUUCUGUGCCUUUGCAUCCUGGGCAGUGAAGACCUCAGACCUGCAUGCUCCGGAUGCCUGGAAGACCAUGUUCCUGGCAAGUUUUGGCACGCUCUCUGCCAUCCGCUACUUCCGACGGCAGCCUCACAAUUUAGGGGAGAAGUUUGAACUCCGGACCUGCCAGGACAUGGGAACCAGCCUUUCGUAG